CAAUUUAAUGAUCAUAACAAUAAUAGUGCAAGGUGCAAACAGAAAGCGACAAUCUGUUAUGCCGUAAAAAUAAUAAUGCGAGUGUAUCCAAUUCAAAAGAGCAUAUUUUUAUGAUCCUUCAAAGGAAGAAAAACAAGUAGUGAAAUAUACACCCUUAUUACACAUCUGUUACUUGUUUUGCAGCCAGAGAGGCAAGUUUGCAUUUUGUGUUCCCAACUAUAUUUCAAAGCCUACAAAUGAAGAUUUCUGAGCUACCGGGUGAUGAAGAUUCUGGACCCACAUGCAGAACUUAUGUUUUUCAAAAUGAGAGUCAUACUUUAGGAAAUGCUUUAAAAUGUAUUAUAAAUAGAUACGAAGAUGUUGACUUUUGUGGGUACACUGUACCACAUCCAGCAGAAUCCAAGAUGCACUUCAGAAUACAAACAAGAGAAACUCCAGCUCUAGAAAUACUGAAAAGAGGUUUAAAAGACCUUGAAAAAGUUUGUGACCACACCAUAGACCUAUUUCAAAAGGAAGUAAAAGAUUUUAGUAAAACUUAGAGAAGUGUAUUAUUUUUGAGAAUCCAUUUACCUUUUUUAAUGAGAAGGAAUUCACUUAUUCCUUCUUGUUGAAAAGAUAAAGGCUUUCUGUACCAUUUUUAGUAGAAUAGUACCUAUCAAUGAACUAUAAUUGAUUUAAAUCUGUAUUGCACACUGCUGCUUUUCCUACUACACUGCCACUCUACUCACUCUAAACAUCAAUAAAGAUUACCUAAUGCAUCAUCAUCAUCCUAGCUUUUUUUCUAUUUUGGGGUCGGCUUCCAGUCUAACAGGAUUCAGUAAAUACCCGUGUUUUACAGGGAGUGACUGCCUGUCUGACCUCAACACAGACGGCGUCAAGCAUAGAUUAUGCAGCUUUGCGUCAAGAUCCUCUGAUGUGCCUUUCAACCAUUAAUAAAAUAUGAACAACUGAUUCAGUGGAAUAUAUGAUUUUGACGUUUGUCUUGAUA